UGUUACUACAGAUCCUGGAAGUUUGCAGCCGACCUGCUGCUGCUGCACCUAUGAGCCUCUGCGUAAAUGAAUAGCCCCGGCACAACGCGCCUCCAGACGAGCUGAUUAUGCCGAGAUAAGGAGCAUAUGAGCCGCGCUCCCUCAGAUAAUGGCAUGCGAUGACGCUUCACCCGCGGAGGACUUCCCCGAUACGCUGAUGCCCAGGGGGGCUCCCUGCAUGUGCGGCAAGAAGUGUAGGGGUCGGAGCGGCAGCGCUGUCUUCCUUGGAUUAUUCCUGCUGUCGCUCACUCUGCACGCAGUCACCCUGAUCUGCUAUGUGGACCUGCGCUCCGAGGUGAAAAGGGAAAUAACCCACCAGAAAAGGGAGUCUAUAGUAACAACCUCUGGGGUGGACCUGGCUGAACCGAUGGAGGUUCUCCCACCCGGUCACCCGCAAGUGGAGCCCAGGCGCACUGAGGAGGACCGAGAGGAGAGGUCUGCCUUCAGAAAAGGCGACAUCCACGCAACAAAAGACAGCAGAGGGAGGACUCGACGGGGAAAAAGGAGUCCCGGCAGAGAUCCAGACACAGAAUCAAAUGGGAAGGAGAAGCGGAAAGACAAGAAAAAAGGGAGGAAAAGGCCUAUGCCAGGACCCCCUGGUCCCCCGGGGCCACCAGGGCCACAGGGUCCACCGGGCAUCCCAGGGAUCCCGGGUAUUCCAGGAAGCAACGUUGUGGGGCCUGCAGGACCUCCUGGGCCCCCAGGGCCGCAGGGACCACCAGGCGCUCAAGGUCCGGCAGGAGUUCCUGAUAAGUCAAAGAGAUUCCAGCCGGCAGUGGUUCACUUACAAGGACAAGAAACAACAAUCCAAGUGAGGGAAGAUUUGUCUCAAGGCGUCCUCAGGAACUGGAAGAUGGUGUCCAUCAAUAAAGACGUGUUCAGGAUGAACCCUCGCACGGGAGAGCUGGUGGUGCUGCUCGACGGUGUCUACUUCAUAUAUAGUCAGGUAGAAGUAUACUACCUCAACUUCACUGACAUCGCCAGCUAUGAUGUAAUGGUCGACUCCAGCCCAUUCUUACGCUGCACAUGCAGCAUCGAGACGGGCCAGCGCAAGUUCAACACCUGCUACACAGCCGGGGUGAGCCAGCUGCGCUCGGGCCAGAAGAUCUCCAUACGCAUAGCUCACGAGUACACACUCAUAAACAUGACCAACCACACCACCUUCCUGGGCAGUGUGAGGCUUGGAGAGGCUCCAUCUGCUGGACAGAACGGUUAACUGCAGACGCAUUUCAUCCUGUCUGAGGGAUUGCAGGGUUCAGCUCAAGGCCAAUGUGUGGAGGACACUCGGAGUGCCUUGCUGACUGUUGUUCACUUCCAGAUGUCUGCUUCAAAUAGACUCUAAAGACUUCAGUGCUUCCCUUCCGUGUGAUUCUGUGCAGAAGAGAUCGGCCUUUUGGAACCAAAUAUCCUCAUCCUUUUAUUUAUAGCCAACCUUUAUCUGCAGCAAUCUCUUAUAACAAGGAAGGAUUUUGUGCUGACAGGUACUUAGUAAUUACAUACUUUUAAGUGUUGUUAAAUUACAGAAAACACAGCUGUGCCUAGAAGCAAUAUUAAGGGGUCAUGUCCUGUCAAACCUUUUCUCAUUUUAUCACCUUAAACAUCAAUAUAUUUUACGACUUUAGAUGAUCGACCCAAAUUAAGUGUUCCAAUAUUUUGAUAUGGAAGGAAAAUUGUUAGUUGAAUAUUUGUUUUACAAAUAAAAAAACUGAAAAUUG